AUGCUUGAUGUCGAGAACAAGGACUGGAUGGACCUGGACCUGCAGUGGAGCGUCCCGCGAUGGAACAUGGCGGUGCAGCUAGUGGAGGCCAUACCAUCGUGGCGGGUCUUCAUCUUCGGCGGCUCCGCCGACAGCGUCGGGGGGCGCUCGAUGGGAGCUUACGACCGCAACGUCGGGGUGCUGGACUUGGGGGAGGAGCUCAGGUGGGACGCGCCCGCGCUGGAGGAGCGGCCGAAGGACGAGCGGCCGCUGCCCCGUGAGCACACCGCGAUCUGCUACGACGCGGAGGAGGGCCGCCUGGUGAUCUUCGGCGGCUGGUCCAACAAGUGGCUGGACGACUGCUGGCAGAUCAAUGUCUCCUCGAUCGUGGGCCCCCCCUACGCCAUCGCCGCGGUGCGGCCCCCGCUGGGCCCCGUGUCCGGCCUGCAGAAGAUCCAGGUGGUCGGCAUCGGCUUCAAGUCCACCCCUGGCGCUGUCGUCGUGCGAUUCAUCGCCGCAGGCGGCCGGCACGUGUCGGAGACGCAGGGCACGGUGAUCAGCGACGAGCUCAUCGAGUGCACCACGCCCAACGUCGUGGGGUCCAUCGGGCCGCGGGAGUGCGAGGUCAGAGUGCAGAUCGGUAUCCGCGACUUCACCACCACGGUCGCCAACUACCACUACUUCCUGAACACCGUUGCCGGGAGGUCUCUCUGCUACGGACCUGGCCUGCUGGACGACCAGCAGGCCGGCCACGUCACCAGGUUCAUGAUCCAGGCCGCGUCUCCUCGCCGCUCCUCGCUGGUUGGCCCCGCUCUCUGUCUCUCUUGA